AUGUUCAAGCAAGUAUUACCAUUUAGUUUCAUAGCAUUGCUACUUGCAGUGGCAAACAUCAGGAUAUUUGGUGCUGCAGUUAACCCUGCCCUGGCAGGCGAAGAACCCAUUGAAUUUUAUAUGCAUGACAUACUUGGAGGCAGUAACCCUACAGCGAGGCCAAUCACUGGUUUGCUAGGAAACAUCUACAAUGGCCAGGUACCCUUUGCCAGGCCAAUAGGAUUCCUUCCACCAAAAGAUGGGGUUGCCAUCCCCAAUGCUAAUGGUGCCAUUCCGACUGUCAAUGGUGUCAACGGCAUCCCAUUGGGAACCGGCCUGGCUGGGACAACUUUUGCAGGGAAUCAGGAUCAGCAGAAACAAAAUGACAACAUUCAGACCCAACUGGGGCCAGAUGGCUUGGGACUAGGCUUCGGAACAAUCACUGUCAUCGAUGACACAUUAACCUCUGGCCCUGAAUUGGGGACACAGCCACUUGGGAAGGCACAAGGAGUUUAUGUGGCAAGCUCUGCACGUGGGUCAACACAGAUGAUGGCAUUUACAGCCAUGAUUGAAGAAGGGGAGUAUGGCGACAGCCUCAACUUCUAUGGUGUAUACAAGACUGGAAGUACAUUGUCCCAUUUGUCAGUGACUGGUGGCACCGGAAAGUUCAAGAAUGCUUGUGGGCUGGCUGAGGUGCGGCCUCUUAUACCACCUGGUCAACAUGUCACAGAUGGCGCAGAAUCAUUGCUGAGAUUCACUGUCCAUCUCAAAUACUGA